CUGAGCUGGGGCUAAAAAUAAUCAACUUUUUACACUUCAACUCUCACUGUACUCUCUCUUUCUGUCCUCCGUUUGUUUCAUAUCUUUAAAAAAAAAGAAGAAAAACAGAGUCCCGGAAUGAAACGCUGUCAUUAAGGAUAAUUACUUUUCUUUUCGAGAGUGACUGGAGGCCUGUGUGGAGCAGUGUGGGGGGGGCAUGGCCUUGUCGUUUUGUGGAAACGACAAGGGUAUCAAUCCCUACAGCGUGGUGAAAGGCACGCUGAACAAUGGCUGCUUCGUGGACGCUCUCAACCUGGUGCCCCACGUCUUCCUGCUCUUCAUCACCUUCCCCAUCCUCUUCAUCGGUUGGGGCAGUCAGAGCUCCAAAGUGCAGAUUCAUCACAACACAUGGCUUCAUUUCCCCGGACACAACAUGAGGUGGAUCCUCACUUUCUCGCUGCUCUUCGUCCACGUCUGCGAGUUCGCCGAGGGCAUCGUCUCCGACAAGAUGAUGCUGAAAACCACCCACCUUCAUCUCUUCUUGCCGGCCUUCAUGGGUUUCAUCGCCGCGACAACAUCAGUCGUUUACUAUCACAACAUCGAGACGUCCAACUUCCCCAAACUGCUGCUCGUCCUCUUCAUCUACUGGGUGUUGGCGUUCAUCACCAAGUCCAUCAAGCUGUGGAAGUUUGCAGCGCACGAGGUGGGCCCUCAGUACUUGAGGUUCUGCAUCACGGCGCUGUUGGUGCUGCUGUACGGGCUGCUGAUGGCCGUGGAGAUCAACGUCAUCAGAGUCAGGAAGUACGUGUUCUUUGCCAACCCCCAGAAGGUGAAACCCCCCGAGGAUUUGCAGGAUUUAGGCGUUCGCUUCCUGCAGCCGUUUGUCAACCUGCUGUCUAAGGCAACAUAUUGGUGGAUGAAUCCUCUGAUUAUCGGAGCCCACAAGAGGCCGAUCGAGUUGAAGAAGAUCGGGAAGCUGCCCAUCGCCAUGAGAGCGCUCACCAACUACCUGAAGCUCAAAGACGCCUACGAGGACCAGAGGACAGCAGAGGAUCCCAACAAAGCCCCGUCCAUCUGGCGCUCCAUGUACCGAGCGUUCGGACGGCCCAUCCUGCUCAGCUCCACCUUCAGAUACCUGGCCGACCUGCUGGGCUUCGCCGGGCCGCUCUGCAUCUGCGGCAUCGUCAAGUACCUGAAGAAGGACAAGUUGUCAGAGCAGUACAAGGCCAAGGCAUUGGAGGCGAUGAUGAUUAGUGUAGCAAAUAACACUAAAAUGGACGUGUACUUCAUACCGUCCACCGAGCUGCUUCAGAACCCCUCAGUUCUCGCUGUUCUUCUCUUCCUGGCGUUGAUCCUGCAGAGGACCUUCCUGCAGGCGUCAUACUACGUUACCAUAGAGACCGGCAUCAACCUGCGCGGAGCCCUGCUGGCGAUGAUUUACAACAAGAUCCUGCGUCUGUCCACCUCCAACAUGUCGAUGGGGGAGAUGACGAUCGGGCAGAUCAACAACCUGGUUGCUAUAGAGACCAACCAGCUGAUGUGGUUCUUCUUCCUCUGCCCCAACCUUUGGGCCAUGCCUGUGCAGAUUAUUAUGGGAGUGAUCCUGCUCUACUACCUGCUGGGCUGGAGCGCUCUGGUCGGAGCGUCUGUUAUCGUCCUGCUGGCCCCUGUCCAGUACCUCAUCGCUACAAAGCUGGCAGACACUCAGAAAAGCACACUGGAGCACUCUACAGAUCGUCUGAAGAAGACCUCGGAGAUCUUGAAGGGUAUAAAGUUGUUGAAGCUUUACGCCUGGGAGAAUAUCUUCUGCGACAGCGUGGAGGAAACCAGAGGGAAGGAGCUCACCAGCCUCAGGACCUUCGCCUUCUACACCUCCAUGUCCAUCUUCAUGAACGCUGCGAUCCCCAUUGCUGCCGUGCUCGCGACGUUUGUGAUGUCUCAUUUCCUGAAUGAAAAAGGCCCCACUCCUCACGAGGCCUUCGCUGCUCUGGCGCUGUUCCACAUCCUCGUCACUCCUCUCUUCCUGCUCUCCACUGUGGUCAGAUUCGCUGUGAAGGCUCUCGUCAGUGUCGAGAAGCUCAAUGAGUUUCUCCAGAGUGACGAAAUCGGAGACGACAGCUGGAGGAACGGUGACAUGUCUGUUUCCAUGGAAGCAGGAAAGAAACCCUCAGGCGGGACCAAAGCCAUGAACAGGAAGCAGCCGAUACGCUACCAGAUGGAUAACUACGAGCUGCCGACCAGGCGACAGAUGAGACCCACGGAGACGGAGGAUGUGGCGGUCAAGGUGAGCAAUGGAUCCUUCACCUGGGGAAGCAACCUGUCCACGCUGUCAGACAUCAACAUCUGCAUCCCCACAGGUCAGCUGACCAUGAUUGUAGGCCAGGUGGGUUGUGGGAAAUCCUCUCUGCUGCUGGCCAUGCUCGGGGAGAUGCAGACCAUCGAUGGGAGGGUCUACUGGAGCAAGCAGUCUGAUAAUGAGAUGGCUCACGAGGGAAACACCAGUUGGUCAGGGGCAGAGGAGAGUGAUGAAGACGUCCGGAGCAAGAACAGGUACUCUGUGGCCUACGCUACCCAGAAGUCCUGGCUGCUCAACGCCACGGUGGAAGAAAACAUCACCUUCGGAAGUCCUUUCAACAAACAGAGGUACAAGACGGUGAUAGACGCUUGUUCUCUGCAGCCUGAUAUCGACCUGCUGCCUUUUGGAGACCAAACUGAGAUUGGAGAGAGGGGCAUCAACCUGAGUGGAGGUCAGAGACAGAGGAUCUGCGUGGCCAGAGCGCUCUACCAGAACACCAACAUCGUCUUCUUGGACGAUCCCUUCUCAGCUCUGGAUAUCCACCUCAGCGAUCACUUGAUGCAGGAGGGCAUCCUGAAGUUCCUGCAGGACGAUAAACGCACCGUGGUCCUGGUCACCCACAAACUGCAGUACCUCAUACACGCCGACUGGAUCAUAGCGAUGAAGGACGGCUCGGUGCUGAGAGAAGGAACUCUGAAGGACAUCCAGACGCACGACAUCGAGCUCUACGAACACUGGAAGACGCUGAUGAACCGCCAGGACCACGGCCUGGAGAAGGACAUCCAGCAAGACAGUCAAACAACGCUGGAGAGGAAAACUCUGAGAAGGGCUUUCUACUCCAGAGAGACCAAGAACCAAAUGGACGAUGAAGACGAAGAGGAGGAAGAGGAGGAGGAAGAUGAUGACAACAUGUCUACAACCACCAACAGAAGAUCAAAGGUCCCAUGGAGGGUGUGCUGGUGCUACCUUUCCUCCGGAGGUUUCUUCAUGGUCUUCCUCAUGGUUUCCUCAAAACUCCUCAAACACUCCGUCAUCGUGGCCAUCGAUUACUGGCUGGCCAUCUGGACUUCUUCUAAAACCAACGCCACGUCUGUAUCGGGAACAAAUGAGAGCAACAUCACGGGCAACUUCACAAACAGCACCAGACCUGCAGACCCACACUCUGAGAUCGACUCGUACUACCUGCCUGUGUUCGUCACCCUGUGUGCGGCGGGCAUCACUUUGUGUCUCAUCACGUCUCUCACCGUGGAGUUCCUCGGUGUCUCUGCGGCCACCAACCUGCACCACAACCUGCUGAACAAGAUCAUCCACGCUCCCAUCAGGUUCUUUGACAUCACUCCUCUGGGGCUGAUCAUCAACAGAUUCUCCGCCGACACCAACAUCAUAGAUCAGCACAUUCCUCCCACCCUGGAGUCUUUAACGAGAUCGACGCUGCUCUUACUGUCGGCCAUCGGCGUGAUUUCCUCCAUCACUCCAGCCUUCCUCAUCGCUCUCAUUCCUCUGGCCGUCGCCUUCUACUUCAUCCAGAAGUACUUCAGGGUGGCCUCCAAAGACCUCCAGGACCUCGAUGACUCCACUCAGCUCCCUCUGCUCUGCCACUUCUCUGAGACCGCUGAGGGUCUGACUACCAUUAGAGCAUUCAGGCACGAGGCUCGUUUUAAGCAGCGUAUGUUGGAGCUGACAGACACCAACAACACCGCCUACCUGUUUCUGUCCGCCGCCAACCGCUGGCUGGAGGUCCGCACGGAUUACCUUGGAGCGGUGAUCGUUCUGACGGCUGCAGGAGCUUCAAUCUGGAGUUUAGAGUACAGCCACGACCACGGGGCCCUCGUUGGCCUCGGACUCACCUACGCCCUCACUGUCACUAACUAUCUGAACUGGGUGGUGAGGAACCUGGCGGACCUCGAGGUGCAAAUGGCCGCCGUGAAGAAGGUCAACAGCUUCCUGGGAACCGAGUCGGAGAACUACGAGGGGUCCAUGGACGCCUCUCAGGUGCCGGAGAACUGGCCUCAGACCGGGGAGAUAAAGAUCCAGGAUCUGUGUGUGCGCUACGACCCGAUGCUGAAGCCGGUGCUCAAACACGUCAACAUGUACAUCGAGCCGGGCCAGAAGGUGGGAAUCUGCGGACGCACCGGCAGCGGGAAGUCCUCUCUGUCUCUGGCCUUCUUCAACAUGGUGGAUAUCUUCGAAGGGAAGAUCGUCAUCGAUGGGAUCGACAUCUGUAAACUUCCCCUGCAGACGCUCAGGUCGAGACUCUCCAUCAUCCUGCAGGACCCCGUGCUGUUCAGUGGAUCAAUACGGUUUAAUCUGGAUCCAGAGAGGACGUGCAGUGAUGAUCGGCUCUGGGAGGCGUUAGAGAUCGCUCAGUUGAAGAACAUGGUCAAAACGCUGCCUGGAGGGCUAGACGCGGUGGUGACAGAAGCCGGGGAGAACUUCAGCGUGGGUCAGAGGCAGCUCUUCUGUCUGGCUCGGGCCUUCGUGAGGAAGAGCAGCAUCCUCAUCAUGGACGAAGCCACCGCCUCUAUAGACAUGGCCACGGAAAACAUCUUACAGAAAGUCGUGAUGACAGCGUUUGCAGACCGGACCGUCGUCACAAUCGCACACCGCGUCCACACCAUCCUCGAGGCCGACCUGGUCAUCGUGAUGAAGCGAGGAAACAUCUUGGAGUACGACAAACCGGAGACUCUCCUGGAACAAGAGGACGGGAUGUUCGCCUCCUUCGUCCGAGCCGACAUGUAGACUCGAGUCGGUCAGAAACUCUCCACAACUGACAGACAUUAUCCACUGCUUUUUACUUUUUUAAGGUGUUUUCUACACUUCUCUGUGACUCUGCGACAGUGUGGUGAGGACGGUAAUGUGCGACGAUAACAAGAAGCUUCUUCAGAUCCAGAAACAUUAUCUUGAACUUGAACUUGAAUCAGUCAGUUGAUCAAAUACUGCCUUUUUAAUUCAGAAAUGACAUGUAGAAACCCUAUUUAUCAUUUAAACGAUAAUCCAAUUCGCUUUUUAUGAACCAGGUUAUCCAAUUUCCGUAUUAAAAAUAGAAAGUACACAUAUCCUGGGAGUUUUUAGGUACAUUAAAAUGUAGAAAUUAGGAUUUUUUAGGGGACUUUUAUGUCCAAUUGUAAUAUAAAUGGCUUUAUUUGGAUUUAAAAUAGAUAACUUGAGAUAAAUAUGGCUGCAAACUAGUGGACAAAUAUACAUUUCUUCAUAAAAAGGAAUAACUAUUGAGAUAUUUCUACAAUUUCAGGUGUUUUAAGGCAGAAUGUAUGAGUGUAUAAGGCUUUCUGUAAAUGAUCAUUACGGAUUUACAUUGCAGUAUAUUGGAAAGUUAUUACAUUUAUUUUAAACACGUAUCAGUGGUAUUACUCUCGAGCACAAUAAUAAGGAGGGGAGGAACUUGUAUUUUUAAAUAUCUGAAUGUUGGCUCUGGCCAGUUGUUUCUGCAUCGUGCAGUUUUUAAAUAAUAUGAUCUGAUAUUUUAGAUGUGUGCUUUAUAUUUCAUGUGACAUAGAAGUAAAACUGAUAGAAGCUGCAUCCAAAAUGUCCUGGAAGAUUUGUCCCAUCAUAUCAGGGGUUUGAGGACAACACACUGACGUCUCUUUGCUUUAACUUUCGGAUCUUUUUGGGGCACAUUUCUGAAAUGUGUUCAAGGAAAUCAACAUUGAAGGAUUUGCAUUUUUCCAAUUUUUGACGGCAAAAAUAAACUAGGAGUUCAAAGCUGUUUUAUUUUAUUUGUUCGCAAACACUUCCUUUGGGACGAGAUAAGCAGAGGUGUUUGACCCAAUCAGAAAACACAGGAGUGUGUGUGUGUGUGUGUGUGUGUGUGUGUGUGUGUG